CCUCCAAACCGCGCACCCUCAUCCAUUGAAUCACAACCCUCCGCAGUAUACCGAGCGCCUUGAAACAGCCAGCACAGGGCCAUCAAUCAAGAAUUGCAACGCUCUCUCCCAAGAGCAGCGAUCAAACUUCACAAUGUCAACACACGAGGCCCAAGCCAGCCCGGCGAAAAACCUCUUCCCCCACCAACCCCCCGCAACAGGCUCUUCAGAGGAACUAAAAGAUGGAAUGACGAAACUGCCCAACGGCGUCAUCCUCGACAAAGAUGGGAAACCAUGCCGCCUCUGCACCUCCGCCGCAUCCUGGCGCAACCUAACCAAACAAGCCAAAGCCCAAGGCUCGACCUCUACCACACCCACCACUACCUCAAAACCCACCUCCGACUCAACUACUACAUCGAUACCUCUACCCCAGUCGCGAGAUGAUUGUCCGCCGGAUGUCGAGGCUCUGGGCCGCUCAACAUGGACCUUCCUUCAUUCGUUGUCGGCCUCGUACCCGGUGAAAGCGUCGCAGGAGCAGCAGAGUGAGAUGCGGACGUUCCUGAAGAUCUUCUCGCGCUUAUAUCCCUGCUGGGUGUGUGCGGAUGAUUUCCGGAACUGGAUGGCGGAGCCGAGUGGGCGGAAUGAGCCGCGGUUAAGUGGGAGGGCCGAUUUCGGGACGUGGAUGUGUGAGGCACAUAAUGAGGUGAAUCGGAAGCUGGGGAAGAAGGAGUUUGAUUGCCGGUUUUGGGAGGAGAGGUGGAGGACUGGGUGGAAGAAUGGGAGGUGUGAUUGAGAUUGAAUGAUUGACGGUUAUUAGAGCUCUUAGAGUAUAAAUGGAUGGUUUGGGAUUUGUAUAAUAGCUUUCGGGCAUGAUCUCUCUACUCAGGUGUGCAGCGGGGAUAUGUGAGGCUCUCUGCUCUAUAUGUGUAUGUACACAUGAAUCAUGGUUUUUCAUGAACGUCUUAAAGUUGCAUUGCGAAAGUAGAAGGUAAGGUAAUAUAAAACAACGUCGCUGAGAAAAUUAGGGUAAAACCAAAUCCAUAUAUCUAGUGAGCAGCGUCCCUCCAGCCAUGGGCGCCACCCUAUUCACUAAACUUCCUCCCACGUAAAGAAUAUUCGCUUCA